GCAAAGAUGGCGGCGGCUGCGAGGAGCGGCGCUCGUUGGGCGGCUUGGGGCGGACGACUGCGGCGCGGGUUUGCUGCCGGCCGAGCGGCCGCGCCGAGCCCUGGCCCCUUAGCGGCGGCAGUGGCUGGCGCGGCCCUCGCAGGAGCAGCAGCUGCCUGGCACCACAGCCGUGUAAAUGUCGCUGCGCGAGAGGGCAGCCUGACCGUCUCAGCUAAGAAAAAUGCUGACCCUGGUGUAGUAGACAAAUCAUCUCUUCGUAAACAGCGCUUCAUGCAAUUUUCGUCACUAGAACAUGAAGGAGAAUAUUAUAUGACACCACGAGACUUCCUCUUUUCAGUAAUGUUUGAGCAAGUAGAACGUAAAACUUCAGUCAAGAAGCUGACAAAAAAGGAUAUCGAGGAUGCACUGGCAGGAAUCCAAACAGCUGGUUAUGGAUCAACUUUUUUUAGAGACCUUGGUGAUAAAGGGCUAAUUUCAUAUACCGAGUAUCUUUUCUUGCUCACAAUCCUCACCAAGCCCCAUUCUGGGUUUCAUGUUGCUUUUAAAAUGCUGGAUGCAGAUGGUAAUGAGAUGAUCGAAAAAAAGGAAUUUUAUAAGCUGCAGAAAAUCAUAAGUAAACAAGAUGACUUAAUGACAGUGAAAAUCAAUGAAACAGAGUAUCAGGAGCCAACAGUAAAAGAACCUGAAAUUAAGACAACCCUUCAGAUGCAUUUCUUUGGGAAAAAAGGAGAAAGAAAACUUCAUUAUAAAGAAUUUCGGAGAUUUAUGGAAAGUUUACAAACAGAAAUUCAAGAAAUGGAAUUCCUUCAGUUUUCUAAAGGCUUGAAUUUUAUGAGAAAAGAAGACUUCGCAGAGUGGCUACUUUUUUUCACUAACACUGAUAAUAAAGACAUUUACUGGAAAAAUGUGAGAGAGAAGUUGUCAGCAGGAGAGAGCAUUAGUUUGGAUGAGUUCAAGUCAUUUUGCCAUUUUACAACGCACUUAGAAGACUUUGCUAUUGCCAUGCAAAUGUUUAGUUUAGCUCAUCGCCCUGUCAGACUAGCGGAGUUUAAGAGAGCUGUAAAAGUAGCAACUGGACAAGAGCUCUCAAACAAUAUUUUGGACACUGUCUUCAAGAUCUUUGAUUUGGAUGGGGAUGAGUGUCUCAGUCAUGAAGAGUUUCUUGGGGUGUUAAAAAACAGAAUGCAUCGAGGCUUAUGGGUACCACAGCAUCCAGGUAUACAAGAAUACUGGAAAUGUGUGAAGAAAGAAAGCAUUAAAGGAGUAAAAGAAGUCUGGAAACAAGCUGGAAAAGGUCCUUUUUGAUAAAACUUAAUAAGGCAAUUAUAUUGCUCUAAGUUUCAGACUUCAUGAUUUUUUUUAAUUAUCAACUAUUUAUCUUCUUAAAGUCUUUACUGAUAUCCUUUGUAAGGCAAACAUACCUUGUAUUUGCCUUUUUUUCCUCCUAUGAUCUUAUCUGAAUCCUUAUACUGCUUUUUGAUUUCAUUAAAGAACUUAGUUGGAAGAAAAGAAGUUCAAAACAGAUAUUGGACUCCGUCAUAAGGCUUAACUUGAAGUAAUGUUUUACAAUUUGGUAAGAUAGAAACCCUUAGUUAUUGAUUUCUUAGAUACAAAAUCACAAUAUACUUCCUGGAAGGAUAAAUAAGUACUUACGGAAAAAAGUGCUUGAUAUUCAAAGCCAGUAUCAAUUACAGAAGUCCUAUUUUUCCUGACAGUGUGUAAAUGAAGUUAAAAACUUACUUCAGAUUUUUCUUAUCUGUAUCUUAUAUCUCGUAAAUUUCUGAGCUACUUAUUAGUUGUCUUAAAAAUAACAUGUAAAUUUCAAUAUCCUAUCUGAAAGCAAAAUAAAAUGUUUACAUUGAUA